CCGUUCUAGUCUCACCGGACACCGCCGCUGCUCGCGAGACGAUGCGGACACGCCGCUCUCUUCUAUUAAUAUGAUACAAUCAUCAUUGCUUAUAUUCAUAAUAUAAACGAAAAAAAAAUUGUUUUUACUACUUUUUCAUUUUGUUCUUACUCGUUCGAUUUAAAUCUCGCGCACACCAUUGUAGAUGAAUAUUAUAUGAUAUUAUUAUGUAUAUAAUUACACAAUACGCGUGAUAUACUAAUAUAUAUGUAUAUGAAAGUUUAUCGUAUAUGUGUAGUAUCUACAACAUAAUUCAUGUGCGUACGUAGCAUAUUAUAAAUGCAAUUUUUAAAUUUGAACCGCCACCGACCGCAACUUUUACCGCCACACGCGUACCGAUAAUACACUGUCACUGCAGUCGGCGAGGUAUACGUCAUAAUAUUUUUGUAAUAUUAUUUUGCAAUUAUCAUCAUUAUUGUUGUUGUUGCGACGUCCGAGUGAUUGUCAUUAAUUUAUUAUCAUCAGUACUAUUGCCGUUGCGCUCGGCACCGUGUACGUGGUGGUCCCGGAAAGGAGAGAGCGAGGAAGCCGCGUUGCUCGCGUACAGCCGGCGCCGGACGUACUGAGCGUCGUUCAAAGCGCGCGCGGUACGCCGGGCCGCAAGUGGGGACCGGCCGCACGGGAAAUCACGUGGCUGGCUGCCGGCGAAACACGUUUGUGCACAAAUAUCGGGACGGUGGUGCGUGCACGAGUGCGUUCCGUGCGUGACCGUGUUUUCGCCAACGGUCCGGGCGACGGCGGCACACGAUGGUGACGGUGCAGCAGUUGUGUCGCGCAUGAACGCCACGGCUGCAUCCGGCCUUAAGCGCACUCGUGCCACGAGCGACCGCGCUGACGCCGGCGGAAACACCGCGACCGACAGAAACGAUAUAGGACCGCGCCCGCGUUUAAUAUCAGCCCCGUACCCGGAAAUGCCGGCCAGCAGACAUCACCAUCACCAUCAACAUCAGCAGCAGCACGCGCAGGUGCAGGUGACUUCCACGGCGGCGGCUGUGGCGCAGCAAUCGGUCAAGGAUAAGCAGCGGUUGUGCACCAACUGCAAGAAUCACGGGUUGCGCAAGGUGUGGAAGAAGCACAAGCGAUACUGCAAGUACCGGGACUGCCCGUGCCCCAAGUGCAUGAAGACGGCGGCAACGCGCAAGAACUGCGCCGAGCAGACGGCCAAGCGACGGGCCCGGCAGGAAGACGAGCAGCGCGAACAGGAGCUCCAGCUGAACCCGGCCAACUUCCUGGACGAGCGGCCAAUACCGUACCAGUCGGAAGCCACCACGCCACAGUCCUGCAACAGACAGAACAUGAGCGAAUCCUCGCAGGUCGGUCGGUCGUCCACCCCUAAGGGUACGAUGUCAUCGCGGACGUCCGAUUACGAAGACCACGACAGCUCUUCCAUAGACAUCGGGGACGGAUGUGACGGCGUUGUCGGCGACGGCGACAGUAUGGUCGUGGACGACGGCGUAAAUAAAAAAGACAUCGACGCAGAUUCCAGACCCGGGAUAAUGACUGAUCAAAUCGAGCACGUCAAGACCAUACUGAAGGAGUUGGUUGGCCGCACCAAAGAUUUUCAAAACUUAAAUGCAUUCCGUCUAUUCGUUUUGAAACAUAACACGUACGACGUGGACAAAGCGACCAUGUUAAUUAAGCGAGGUGUACGUAGUAAACUAUUGAAUCAAAUUAAAUUGGUAUGCAGAACUCUCAUUUUGAGCGUGACUUACUCUUUUUAAGAUACACUAAUUAUUAUUCACCAUAAAUUACUUAUUAGAGUCGCGCCGAUAUCAAACAUUUUUUUAAAAAUAUUUAUUGGUUGUUAUAUUGUUAUUGCAAUAAUACAAUCAACAAUUACAUCAUAGAAUACACGUUUUUUUUUUUUUUUUUU